CAAGUCUGCCCAAAUGCCAGUGCACAGAGGCAAAUUCACACUCCAGCUGUCUUUGCAUGUGUCACUUAUACGUAUGUGCAAUUAAGAGAAAAUAAACAAACAAUGUAUAGAAAAUACUAACAAUACUCCUAAGGUGCCAAUAUGCAGGGAUUUUAAAGGCUUUUUCAGAUAUGUGGCACAAAGAGACAUUGUUCCAUAACAUUGGAAAUCGAUAAAAGUAAAUAUUAAAGUUAAGUAAAUGUCACCUGUGCAAGCUUCUUUAGAAAAGAAUGAAGACCUUUUUGGAAGAAGACAAAUGUGCUUACCGAGAAUAGCAGCAAAUAAACAAACCCGAUAUUUACAGGAUGUCCUUACUGUGCCUAAUGGUGCAUUGCAUUUUGUUUGCCUCAGUUUCUGGCGAAUGUGUGACUAAGCUAUUCAAAGACAGCAACUUUGAAGGAGGAGACAUCGAUACAGUUUUUGCACCAACUGCCAAAUACUGCCAGGUGAUCUGUACCUACCACCCGAGAUGUUUGUUCUUCACGUUUAUGGCUGAAUCGGCAUCUGAAGAUCCUAGCAAAUGGUUUUCUUGCAUCCUGAAAGACAGUGUCACAGAAACACUGCCAAAGGUGAAUAUGACAGGAGCAAUUUCUGGAUAUUCUUUCAAGCAAUGCCCACACCAGUUAAGUGCUUGCAACAAAGAUGUUUAUGAGGGCCUAGACAUGAGAGGCGUGAACUAUAAUGGCUCUGUUGCCAGGAGUGUUCAGGAAUGUCAAGAGAGGUGCACCAAUGACAUCCACUGCCACUUUUUCACAUACGCAACAGGACAUUUUCCCAGCAUAGAGCACCGGAACAUCUGUCUAUUGAAGCGCACCAGAACAGGAACACCAACCAGCAUAACAAAGCUGAGUAAUGUGGUAUCUGGAUUUUCACUGAAAUCCUGUGCACUUUCUAACCUGGCUUGUAUUAGGGACAUUUUCCCUAACACGGUGUUUGCAGACAGUAACAUCGGCAGUGUUGUGACUCCUGAUGCUUUUGUCUGUCGCGGCAUUUGUACUCAUCACCCCAGUUGUCUGUUUUUUACCUUCUUUUCCCAUGAAUGGUCAAGAGAAUCUCAAAGAAAUCUUUGCCUCCUUAAAACAUCUGAAAGUGGAUUACCAACUACCCGCAUUCAAAAGAACAAAGCUCUCUCUGGUUUCAGUCUGCAAAACUGCAGACACAGCGUCCCAGUAUUCUGUCCGUCUUCUUUUUAUCGUGACACUGACUUCUUGGGAGAGGAACUCGACAUUGUUGAUGUGCAAGGUCAUGAAGCCUGUCAGAAAAUGUGCACCAAUGCCAUCCGCUGUCAGUUUUUUACUUAUUUGCCACCUCAAGAAUCUUGCAAUGAAAGGAAAGGCAAAUGUUACUUAAAACUUUCUUCCAAUGGAUCUCCAACUAAAAUACUUCGUGGGAGAGGAAGCAUCUCUGGAUAUACAUUACGGUUAUGCAAAAUGGAUAAUGUAUGCACAACCAAAAUCAAGGCCAGAAUUGUCGGAGGAACUGUGUCUCUGCGUGGUGAGUGGCCGUGGCAGAUAACUCUGCAUAUCACAAAGCCCAUCCAGAGACACUUGUGUGGAGGAUCCAUCAUUGGGAACCAGUGGAUAUUAACGGCCGCUCAUUGUUUUGAUGGGGUAGAAUCACCUAAAAUUCUGCGUAUCUAUGGUGGCAUUGCAAAUCAAUCUGAAAUAAAUGAGGAUACUCCUUUCUUUGGGGUACAAGAAAUAAUAAUUCAUGAUCAGUAUAAAAUGGCAGAAAGUGGGUAUGAUAUCGCCUUGCUGAAACUGGAAACAACCAUGAACUAUACGGAUUCUCAACGACCCAUAUGCCUACCUUCCAAAGGAGAUAGAAACGUAAUAUAUAAUGACUGCUGGGUGACUGGAUGGGGAUACACAAAAUUAAGAGACAGUAUACAAAACACUCUCCAGAAAGCCAAGGUACCCUUGGUGUCAAAUGAAGAAUGCCAGACAAGAUACAGAAGUCAUAAAAUAACCAACAAGAUGAUUUGUGCAGGCUACAAGGAAGGAGGGAAGGAUGCUUGCAAGGGAGAUUCUGGGGGCCCCCUGUCCUGUAAACACAAUGAGGUCUGGCAUCUGGUGGGCAUCACGAGCUGGGGAGAAGGUUGUGGUCAGAGAGAACGGCCCGGCGUUUACACCAACGUGGUCAAGUAUGUGGACUGGAUUUUGGAGAAAACUCAAGUGGAGCAAAGAAGUCGAGGCCCAUUUGAAGGGCAAACCAGAUUGUUUCCUAGAAAAGGGCUCAGAUUUCCCUGAAGAAAACACAGUGAUUAUGGUUCCUCCGUGGUUACAAACUGCGCUUGAUGUUUCUAAGACAAUGUUUUAAAAUUCUGUUUAGAAAAUUCCUGUUUGAUGAUAAUCUUUAUUUGUUUUCAACAUUCAAUCUGUUGCUUUUUGAUUACAAUUUUACUCAGCAAAGGAAAUCCCCAUAAGGAGAUAUUUUUGAAGAUUACACCAUGACUGCUGUUCCAAAACUGUGGUGUAGCACCAUGCAGAACUGCUAAAAAGAGCCCACCACAAAAAACUGCUACAUAAAAAACAAGCUGUAGGAAAUGGGAACAAGACAGUCAUCAUCAAUGUGCAAGACUCUAUAUACUGCCUGUGGGACCACAUCUCUUUUGUAAAGAAAGCAUUUUACUGAAUUUAAUGACAGGCUUUCAGAAGGGCAGAGUUCUUGUCUUUUCAGUUUUUAAUAUGUGUUGCAUAUAAAUGGAGGCAGGUACAAGCUGAAACUGAGUGUGAAAUGAAGAUUCCAGAGUUUGUGUAAGGGAGAUUAGGAUCAGCAAUUUACUUAGAAGGAGUACUGUAGUACCCUACGGGACAUAUUGCAGAGAUACACUUGCCUAGAAAACCGUUUGUUACAGACUGUGUAUUUAUUUGCUGAGCUUUUGGAAGGGGAAAGUGAAUGGGGACAAGGGAGAAGAGCUUCCUUACUAAGGAAAGCUGCUGCUCUAAGCGUAAUUCAGCAAAGAGAAAGACAAUGGAUAUACUGAGAGAAAUGAAUGUAAAAUAUAUCCAUACUACAAAGAAAAAAUCUACUUUGGAGCAAAUGGAUGAUUAGAGUAGAGGCUUCAGCAUCUUCAAAUAGCUGUUUGUAUUUUAAAUACAGAAGUUUUCUCUUACUGGAAA